ACACACACGCACACACACAUGAAUCUGACGCAGAAGAGGAAGAGGCAUCAAAUGAGUCCUACAGUAAAUCUUAAUAACUUCCACAGCUGCGUUCUGCUCACUAUACGUUUCAAUUCAGCUGCAGUCCAUUAGAGAGAAGUUUUUCGUUCGUGGUUACCUGAGAAGUUAUCAUGCCUUUGACAAACUUGUGUGAAACAGCCUUCACGGUGCUCCGGCAGAUAGAGCCGGUUCUGGUGCUGGAGCAGCUGGGCAGCACUCUGUUCGACACAGCUCUGCAGAUGGUGGUCAAGGACCGGAGUGAGAACGCCACCUACCCCGAUGCCCAUCUCUCCAGGGAGGAGAGCCAACAGAAAGCCAUGUCGGAUUAUUACAUGAUCUACAACCUCAUCAACAAACUGACUCCGAUUUUCCCCGCGAUGCUCCUCGCAAGGACCGGCGACCGCGGCUGGAGGAGGGUCCCCAUCGUGGUCCCCCUGAGCGGGUACCUGAUGUCCAGGCUGGCGCUGCUGCUGGUGGUCAUCUUCCGGCUCCCGCUGGAGGUGAUGUUCGGAGCGGCGGUGCUCUUCGGGCUGUCCGGUGGCUUCUGCGCGUACUGGCCCGGUGUCAUGACGCUGGCGUCGCUUGGUUCCACAGCGGCUGACCGCUCCAAGGUGAUGAUGAGGGUGGAGCUGCUGUAUGGGGCAGCAGGUCUGGUGGCGAGCCUGGUGUCAGGUCAUCUGUUUCUGCUGUACAGCUCAAGUUUGGGAAAUGGAACAGCCCUUCUCUCUGUGAGCACACUGCUGCACCUCCUCUGCCUUCUGCACUCCAUAUUCCUGUUACAGGUGAAACUAGAGCCCAAAAAUGAGCCGGAGGAGAACUGCCAGCUCGUGCCUCCAGACUCCAUUAAUGGACCGGUGGCUCCAUUUGUGAUUAACAAGGUGAACGUGGCUCUGUUGUUUGCUGCUGCAGUCCUGUACCUCUCUGCAGUGGGUGGAGCCAUAGAGAUACUGGGAAUCUUUGUGCUGAAGGAGCCACUUAACUGGACUGCAACUCAGGUGGGUUAUGGAAACGCAGCAGGCUGCAUGAUUUUCAUCACCAGUUACCUGGGUGUCAUGGUGUUCCGUCGCUGCGUCAGUGACGUUAUGCUCAUCCUGAUCGGCAUGAUAUCGUUCGCCUCUGGAAUUUACUUCAUGUCCUUUGUCACGUCAACCUACACAUUCUACCUUGCUCGCUCUCUCAACCUGUUUGCUCUCAUCCCGCUGCCAACUAUCCGAUCUCUGCUGUCACUGCAGGUUCCGGCAUCCUCGUGUGGCACCACUCUUACCUUUCUGCAGCUGGCUCUGAAGUUUCCUGGUCUGGCAUACCUCCCUGCCUUCACAAAGAUCUAUCAGGGAACCCUGAACUGGUUCCCCGGCUUUGUCUUUACACUGGCAAGCAUCUUAACAGUCCUGGCAAUGAUACCCAUCAGUAUCUUUGGCUGUAGAUUACCUCUGAGGCGACAGUGUGACAGGAUACAGGAAGCGUGAUGUAUUGACAUCAGCAGCGACUGUCAGCUUGUGUUGGUACGAGGCAGACCGGGACUGAGACUUGAAUUGGGCAAAAGAAGGAUUGUGCCUAUAAAUUAAUUUCCUAUCAGGUUCAAACUGAAGACAGUUGAGGAAAGUCAAAGUUUGAAUCCUACAAGAAUGUUGCUGUUACAGGAGAAACUGUAUAUGUUUGUUAUGACUAACAGACAUAACAUGAUAGGUUUAAAUGGGAUCUAUGCAGAUUGACCAGACGUUUUGAAUUGUCAAACUUUGAGAGCAACCAUUGACAUUUGUAUAAAAUGUGUCCUCAUCAACACACUGAAGGUGUUUUUAAAUGGAGAUUUUGUUAUAGACACAUAAAGGCCAUAAGCACCACUUAAAGACACACGAUCCACGAAUACAUUGAACGUAGUAGAUCAGCUCAGAAUGGAUCACAUUCAACUUUCAGACAUUAUCAGACAGAUUUGAUCCAAAGUGACUGGAACCUUGUCGGGUGGUGACAGAUUUCAGUCAUUAUGUCUUGCAUAUCAGGACCGGAACGAUACAUUGAAAGUUUCUGGUGAAUGCAUUAAUAAGAAUUUUUAAUUUUUCACAAUAUUUGUGGGGGGAUAAGGAUUCACAAAUCAGUCAUCUUGAAAGGAACGACACAAACAUUCUGUUGAAUUUACAACUUCAAUUUUGGGAUCAUUUUGUAGGUUGUCAUAUAAAAACUGAUGCCGUUAAAAAUAUAAAUUAUUUCUAAAUACAUUCAAUUAUUAUAGAUGCACUUUAUUGCUUAUUAUACUUCAAGAAGAGUUAGAUGUUUACUGGAUGGUGUUGAAAGGUUUUUCUAUCAUUAUUUUUUCUGUUGGGACUUUUUUUUUUAACUUCCUUUCUUUGUGAUUUUUUUUUUUAUGUCCUUAUGUGCUUUCUUACUUCUGCAUUCGACACCACAGUGGCUAAAGAGUACAGAGUUCAUUUCCCUGUGUUUGUAUUUUGUGAUGUAAUAGCUUAAUGAUGAAGUCAUUUUAAUUAAUUUUCUAUUGAUGUAGGAAAGAAAAGGCAAUAUGUCAUUAUGGGUCUGAAUACUUCAUGAAUGCAUUUUAAUUCACUCGGUCAGUCUGACUUUUUUAUGGUGUGUUUUGUAAGUUGAUGUUACAUUUGUUGUAAAGCACUUUCAACUGCAUUCAUCUUUUUUAAAUUUUCAUAUACUGUACAACAAAUGAAGACUUGUUUUUUAUGAUGUUUUUCAGUUGACACAAAAUGUCACUUUUUUUUACAAUAACUGUUCAGUAGUGAUUAUUACUUAUAUAGUUAGUGUUUAUAUAUCAUUACAAUUUUAUUUGUUGAACUUUUGACUGUUUGCCAUCAAGCUUUAAGUUGUAUAAAAGCUUUGUUUAGUUUCUGAUAAGAAUACGUGUUCGUUCUAAUAACAUUUGGUUUAUUUAAAGUUAGCAUGAUUUUGAAAGUAGCAUUCCCUCUGUGCUCCCUCAAAAGCCACGCCCCUCACUUACAUGCACAAGCGCCAUUGGUCCAGAAACAGACCUCAGCUCAUGCUUUGAGUGUGGGCUCGUGCAUGUAAGGGGUAGAGAACGAGCAGGGAGAAGGGGAGGCGUGAUUGAUUCAUCAGAUUGGUACCUCGUGGUAGACACUGGUCGAAGUUUUUACAUGCUUACAACUGCUACAGAUUGCUGAUUUUCUUCAUUCCUUUUUUAGAGCACAAGAAUGAUCAAUUUCUGUCAGGACCCAAAGAAAAUUUCAACCAAAAUCUUAAAAAGUGUAUCUGGAGAAAAUAACCAACCCUGCAUUCAAGACAAACUGGAAUAUGUUUGGUGGAAUUUUCUUAAAUGCUGCACAUUAAAAGAUUUAAAGUUUACAUUUUUGAAUUCUUUAUAUCAAGCUCUCAUUUUUUCAUUUUCAGAAACAUCUCACAAUCACUUCCUGGUAGACAAUGUUAAUAUACAUAAUUUAAGCAAAUAAAUACUUUAAGCUAUAGAUACAAUCUGAAAAUUGUACAUAAGAAACUAAUGAGACUUGAGCAGACACGUGUGAAAUGCAUUCGUUCUUUUAUUAUUGGUCCAAUAUAUCCAAAAAGUCUUUUGAGGUAAAGAUAAAUUGCAUCAAAACAACAUCAAUAUACAAGCUUAUUUAUAAUUACAACAAGAUGUUAUUAACAUCCAAAUGUACAAUAAAAACUCUGAACGUAAACAGUACACACUGGGAGGGAACCGAAACGCCUGAAGCUGGAUUCACACGUUCAUUAGAUGGCUGACCUUUAACCUUUUAUACAGGGUUUGAUUGAUAAAAGUUUUUCCUGUUCUGUAAAUCAGAGUUUCUCUUCAUGUGUGAAUCUGUGUGAAGACAACAGUAGGAAAAAAACAACAUGGACAUUUGGCUUUGAAACAUUUGAUUUGAAACAUUUAAUAAAAAACAAACAUUAUGCCAUGCUCUCCCAUCGUAUCAGCCACUGUCUCUGUUUGCAGAUGAUGCCUUUCUUUACCUUACAGAAACAACUUUCCAAACUGGGACAGAGAUUGUGUCCCGACCAACCUAACAUCACAGUUUUUUUAGUCGAUAUUGGCCCUUAAAGAAAGACAUUUAGAUUUUAUUAUUAGCAUUACAUUACAUUUCUUUCAGGGAUUUUAGUGCAAAAAUAAAUCAGCAGGCACACAGCAUCGAACGGGUUUGACAAUAGCUGUGAGUAUAAAUUAUCUGGAGAACUAUUGCUGGGGCUCCAAUGAGAAUCUAAAUAAAAUGGUUCAUUUCUCAUUUUUUUGGUAACUAAUGGUUUACAUUAUUAUAACAAAGCUUUCAAAAUGUGUUAUCGUAUCUUUCACACAUUUCAUUAAACCCACAAUAAUCUUCUGUUCUUUUAUACAAAAAUAGACUCAGCUGUGCCGUAUAAUUCAGCUGUGCAAUAGAGUAUAUUGAAUAUACAGUAUGUCGCCAUUAGAGCAAAAAAUAAUAAUUCAGCAAGUCGAAAUAAUCCCAAAACUUGUGCAUGAUCAGAUCAGGUCACUUCAUCAGGUCUGUGCAGUUUUUUUUUAUUCACACCAGAUAGCAGGGUAGUCUGUGGAUGCACUGAUGCCUCUUUUUGUAAAGUCACAGCCAUGAUUCAGUGUUCAACAGACAACAAGUACUGCUCUGAACCAAGAAAUAUAACAUGCCUACAUUUAAACUUCAUGUUAGACUGUUAUCGAGUGAAUGUGUUCAUGUUGUCUUCACUUGCUUACAAAAAAAGUGCUCCAAAGUAGGUACCUUCGUUCUUUGCUCUAUGGCGAUGCGUUGCUUUUAUUAAAUCAAUGCUGAACAGCAGUGACUCAGUUUGAAGUUUUGUUAAACUAUAUUAAAAUAUCUUUACUUUUGGUGGAUAUUUAUACAAAUGAAUAAAUAU